AUGGUCGAAUCUUCUUACGAACAAGGACUCACUCUGUCACCUUUAAAGGCAAUAUGGGAACAUUUUACAGGCAACUUCCCUGUCCCACAGGUGAAUCUCGAAGGACGAACGGUUCUGGUCACAGGUGGUAAUGCAGGUUUAGGAUAUGCCAGCGUCUUACAUUAUGCACGAUCAAAUGCUUCACGUAUUAUCAUCGCUUCUCGUGAUCUGAAGAGAAUACAAACUUCAAUUGAACAAGUCUAUCGUGAUGUUCCAACAUACAAAGGAAAGAUCGAUGCGAUGCAAGUUGAUUUAUCUAGCUUCGAUAGCGUAAGAACUUUUUGCGAAUCUGUAAAGGCCGAUUCAGGAAGACUCGACAUCGUACUCGCCAACGCAGGUAUCAUGAACGCCAAAUACGCUCAAACGGGAGAUGGAUACGAGCGUGUUCUGCAGGUUAAUGGAUUAGCGACUGGUCUUAUGGCGGUAUUGCUUCUUCCUAAAUUAGAAGAGACAGCAAGUCUACCAGUACCGGAAGCAAGUAAAGGAAUGAAACCUUCCAUUACAAUCGUUGCUAGUGAUGUGCACUAUUUCGCAAUCUUCCCUCAGAAGAAUGCUACAGGAUCCCUCAUCGAAGCGCUUAAUGAUCCCACGCAAUUUGAGAACAUGUCAGAACGAUACAACAUGUCCAAAGUGUUAAGCGUCUUCAUCGCUAGAGAAAUAUCAAAGUUGCCAUCAGUUACUUCGGGUAAGGUAACGGUAACGAGCGUCAAUCCAGGAUUGUGCAAAUCCGAGUUCCGAGCCGAUAUGGGUCCGGUUCUGGCAAAAAUCAUGAACUGGAUAGCGUGGACCAGCGAGAAGGGAGCCCGCAACUUCCUGUACGCCUCAACACAGAAUUGCUCGCCGGGCAGCUAUAUCAGCGGCUGCAGAGAACAACCAGUCUCUACCUUCGUAGCCAGUCACAAGGGUAGAGAAACCCAAGAAAAGUACUGGAAGGAGUCUAUGGACAUUUGGCGCAAGGUCGCGCCGGAGACGAACGAUGUUUUGUAG